AUGAUUCUACGGAGCAUCUACCUCUGGGUCGCUGCCAUCCUCCCGUUCGCGUGUGCUGAUGUUCAAGUUGUUGCACCCGAAGCUGGAGACAGUAUCACCGGGCUCAAUCUGCAGAUUCAAUGGAAAGACUCAGGGAACUCGCCGCCUAUCUCUCAGCUAGCUAAUUAUCAACUCUUCCUGUGUGCGGGAGGCAACGACGAGUCAGACUAUAUCCCAGUGGCCACACUUGUCCAGCAAGGGACUUACACAACCGGCGACUCGAUCACGAUCACUUUACAACCGAAUACCGGUGCUGAUGUACCCAACGCCUAUUUCCUCAAAUUCGUAUCUGCCGCUACAGGAGGCACCGUUAUCAACUUCUCCGACCGUUUCUCGCUGAAAAGCAUGACCGGCACGUUUCCAGCCGCAGUACAGCAAGGACUAAGGACCGUGACUGGCACGGCUGGCCCAGCCGAUGUCAACAACAUUCAAGCUCCCCAAGCGGGCGCUGGUCAAAAUACACCGUCUGUCGGAGAUGGUGCAUACAGUACCCCAUAUACCCUGCAGACGGGCACCAUCCGUUAUGCUCCCAUGCCUCCGAUGGCGCAAACACAGAUCACUGCAAAAAAUGCCUCUCCUCUGUGGCCUACGAGCGCAUAUACUGUUUACCAGACAAUCGCCGGCACUCCAAAUGCAAUUACCACCAACACGCUGCCCUUGACGUUCACCGUAUCGAGUAGAGAGAACCCGGUCGCUGCGGCCGGCCAGCCCACCGACACAGCGAUGCAGAAGUUCCUCAACCGGUGGAAGGACUGA